AUGGCAGGGAUUGAAGCCUUGUUUGCACAGCUUAGGGCUGAGGCGGCGGUGCGGGGGGAGGACUGGCUGCAGCGUCAGCUGGGGACACUUCUCCCUCAGAACGGGGCAGCAAGCGGCGCGGCGCCGUCGGGGCCUAACCACACGGGCCAGGACAUUAUUCAGAGCGGUGGGGAAGCAGCGCUAUCGGGGCCCAGUCACACCGGCCGGGGGACCGCGCGGUCGCGCUCGUCGCGCCCCCCCCGCAGAUAUUCACCCAGCCCAUCCCCUUGUCAGCAGCAGUCGGAAGGCGGCAGGAACAGGGCCCCAUCGGGCCCCCCCGCAAAGCGUGCGGCGGCGGCGGCUACAGGGGUCAUUGAGGGCCCGGCAGGGGGGACCAGAAGCACCCUAGGACAGAGGGGGGGACGGCCGGGGGGCUCAGGUGCGGCGGCCGUGCCCGCCCGACGUGUGGAGCAGGUGGAGACGGGCCCGGUGGGCAGGCCUCUGCGAGAGGGAUCCCAGGUUACGGUGGCUAGCCCCUCAACUGCUACGGCUAGCCACUUGCAGGAGGCCCAGACGGCGAGGGGGAGAAGGCAAGAGGAAGACCGCAGCAGAGUUACGCCUGGCAGGAAAGCGCCGGCAAAAUCCGCUAACGGGUCCAGGGCCCGCAGGGAGAGCGAAUCCGGCCAUGGGCCUUCGGCCGCCGGGACCGAGCUGCCCGGGGGGUCAUCAUCGGGGGAAGAGGGGUUGUGCGAGGACCAGUCGGAUGGGGAGCUGUCCGGUUCGGAGGAGGAGGUCGUGCCCAGGACGGUGCCUACAGCGAGGGAGUCCAGACGAUCGGCUGAUGGGAUUGCUUCCACGCAGCCCGGUACUGGACCUUUGUUGGUCUGGAUUUUGGGCCACUCUUACGUGGUUCGGGGGGAAAAACGGGCGGAGGCGCGCCCGACCGGUCGGCAACUGGGGAUUUCGAGACAGGAGGCGAGGGUACGGUGGUUGGGGGUCCCCGGGAUGUUAUGGAGCAGAGUUGUGCCGGAGGUACACAAAUGGGCACGUUUGGACAGACCUCCGGAUGUGCUAGUGAUUCAUGCUGGGGGCAAUGAUCUUGGGGUGAGAUCUAUGCUGGAGAUAGCGCGGGAUAUUAAAUUCGAUUUUCAGCGGCUCCGGUUGUCUUUCCCGGAGACGGUAGUGGUGUGGUCGGACAUGGUGGCUAGGACAUCGUGGAGGAUGGCGAGGUCGGUAGACGCGGUGAAUCGUGCGCGCAGGAAGCUGAACAGGAAUGUGGGGCGUUUUGUGCUAAGGAACGGGGGGCUGGUGGUUCGGCACCCGGAAUUGGAGGUUGACCCUUGGCGUUACCUCAGGAGUGAUGGUGUUCAUCUCACGGACGUGGGGAUUGACAUGUGGGCUUUGCGCCUAGAGGAGGGGGUACAACAAGCAAUGAGGGUGUGGAGGUGCGCCCGAAGGUAAGGUGUUACCUUCGGGUGCUGGUGGCGGGUGUUUUUCGGACUUUGCAGGAGAAGAUAUUACCCCAAAGAUGGACACCAGUACCCAGUGGU